GUCAGAGAAAUUGUUUCCAACAUCGUUUGGCACAGACGACAAUGACUAGCACCUGCUGACUGUUGCCACCCGAUAUGAUAAAACUCGCUCUGGAGUAUGCCCGAUAGCUCGCCGGAGUCCGGAGGUAUGGCUAAAGACGACGGCCCGGCGGAGACGGUGGAGCAGAGGGCGGCGGCUUCGGUUCUGCGGUCGUUCGCGUCAGUGUUCGUGCACGCAGAUGCGGCGGACGUGGCGCUGAUGGUGCUGGGCCUGAUGGGCGCCAUGGGCGACGGCAUGUCGACGCCGGUGAUGCUGGCCAUCACUAGCCGCGUCUUCGACGACGCCGGCAGCGGCACCGAUCACCUCCAGCAGUUCAGCUCCAAGAUGAACGAGAACGUGAGGAACACCCUGUUCCUGGCUGCCGCACACUUGAUCGCGGCGUUCCUAGAGGCCUAUUGCUGGACGCGGACGGCGGAGCGGCAGUCGUCGCGGAUGCGAGCACGGUACCUGAGGGCUGUGCUCCGGCAGGACGUUGAGUACUUCGACCUCAACGUGGGCUCGACGUCGGAGGUGGUCACCGCCGUCUCCGGCGACACGCUCGUCGUGCAGGACGCGCUGAGCGAGAAGGUUCCCAACUUCGUGAUGAACGUCACCAUGUUCGUGGCCAGCUACGCCGUCGCGUUCGCGCUGCUGUGGCGGCUCACGCUGGUGUCGCUGCCGUCCGUGCUGCUGCUCAUCGUCCCCGGCUUCCUGUACGGCCGCGUCCAGGCCGGCCUGGCGCGCCGGAUGCGGGAGCAGUACGCGCGCCCGGGCGCCAUCGCCGAGCAGGCCAUGUCUUCGGUCCGCACCGUAUACUCGUUCGUCGCGGAGAGGACCACCGCGGCGCGGUUCUCCGCCGCGCUGGAGGAGUCGGUGCGGCUCGGACUCAGGCAGGGGCUCGCCAAGGGCCUCGCCGUCGGCAGCGGCGGCAUCCGCAUCGCCAUCUUCGCCUUCAAUGUUUGGUACGGCAGCCGCCUCGUCAUGUACCACGGCUACAAGGGCGGCACCGUCUACAUCGUCUCCGUCAUCAUCGUCGUCGGAGGCGGAGCGUUGGGGUCGGCGUUGUCAAACAUCAAGUACCUGACUGAGGCGAGCUCGGCGGCGGAGAGGAUCAUGGAGUUGAUCAGGCGGGUGCCGAAGAUAGACUCUGAGAGUGGCGCCGGCGAGGUGCUGGAGAACGUCGCCGGCGAGGUGGAGUUCAGGAACGUGGCGUUCUGCUACCCGUCGCGACCGAAGAGCCCCGUGUUCGAGAACUUCAGCCUGCACGUGCCGGCCGGGCGCUCGGUGGCGCUGGUGGGUGCCAGUGGCUCAGGGAAGUCGACGGUGAUCGCGCUGCUGGAGCGCUUCUACGACCCGUCGGCCGGGGUGGUGACCCUCGACGGCGUGGACAUCCGGCGGCUUCAGCUCAAGUGGUUGCGCGCGCAGAUGGGGCUCGUCAGCCAGGAGCCGGCGCUGUUCGCGACGUCGAUCAGGGAGAACAUAAAGUUUGGCAAAGAGGACGCCACGGAGGAGGAGGUCACGGCCGCGGCGAAGGCCGCCAACGCCCACAGCUUCAUCUCGCAGUUGCCGCGGGGCUACGACACGCAGGUGGGUGAGCGUGGGAUCCAAAUGUCUGGAGGACAGAAGCAAAGGAUUGCUAUUGCUAGAGCAAUCCUAAAGUCACCCAAGAUCCUCCUCCUUGAUGAAGCCACUAGUGCUUUGGACAGUAAUUCAGAGCGUGUUGUGCAGGAGGCGCUUGAAUUGGUCUCCAUGGGCCGAACUACUAUUGUCGUUGCACAUCGUCUCUCCACAAUCCGCAAUGCUGAUAUGAUUGUUGUCAUGCAGUCUGGUGAGGUGAAGGAAUUAGGGUCCCAUUAUGAGCUCAAUGCACAAGAGAAUGGCAUAUACUCAUCUCUUGUACGCCUCCAGCAAACCACGGAUGUGGGCAUGACUGAGGAGGCUGGGAAAACUGGAAGUACUGAUAUUUUGCGGCAAUCAGACAGUCAAAGCAUAACCAGGAGUUUCUCUGUACCAAGUAGGUUAAGCUCAUCACAUUUGAUAGGUGAUGCAAAAGAUGAUGGUAACUUAAGGGAUCUAAAGCUUCCAGUGCCAUCGUUCAGGAGGCUACUUAUGCUUAAUGCGCCAGAGCUGAAGCAGGCAUCAGCAGGAAUCUUCUGUGCAGUUGUGUCUGGAGGUAUACAGCCUGUGUUUGCCUAUGCCAUGGGCAGCGUGACCUCGAUCUUCUUCUCAACAAAUCAUCAAGAGAUCGAGAAGGAAACACGCACCUACACACUUAUCUCUACCGGCCUUGCAGUGUUGACAUUCCUUAUUAGUAUUGGGCAAUAUUACAACUUUGCUGCCAUGGGAGAAUACCUCACCAAGAGGAUAAGGGAACGGAUGCUCGCUAAAUUUCUCACUUUCGAGAUUGGGUGGUUUGAUCGUGAUGAGAAUUCUAGUGGUUCCAUAUGCUCACAACUUACCCACGACGCCAACAUUGUGAGGUCACUUGUGGGUGAUCGGAUGUCCCUAGUGACCCAAACAGUUUCUGCUGUUCUAACCGCCUACAUCAUGGGUUUGGCGAUUGCUUGGCGUUUAGCUCUUGUGAUGAUUGCAGUGCAGCCUCUUGACAUUACAUGCUUUUAUACUCGCCAUGUCUUACUAAAGAGGAUGUCCAAGAAAUCAACACAGGCACAAUCUGAAUGUAGUAAGCUAGCUGCUGAGGCCGUCUCUAAUCUCCGAACCAUAACGGCUUUCUCAUCCCAGAACCGCAUCCUGCACCUCCUUGACCAAGCACAGGAUGCUCCACGCAAAGAAAACAUCCGGCAAUCAUGGUUAGCAGGUUUGGGCCUCGGCACCUCCAUGAGCCUUUUGAGAUGCACAUGGGCACUCACCUUUUGGUAUAGUGGAAUUCUCAUAGCUGGUCACCAUAUUACUGCCAAGGCAUUUUUCCAAACCUUUCUGAUUCUAGUAAGCACAAGUCUUGUGAUCGCAGACGCGGGUAGUGUUACUGCAGAUCUUGCUAAGGGUGCUAAUGCAGUCGCUUCGGUGUUUGCUGUUCUUGAUCGAGAAACAGAAAUAGAUCCCGACAGCCCUGAAGGAUAUAAGCCAGAGAAGCUCAGAGGCGAGGUGGACAUUAGAGGGGUUGAUUUUGCAUAUCCAUCAAGACCUGAUGUGAUCAUCUUCAAAAGAUUCUCGUUGAGCAUCCAACCAGGCAAGUCAACAGCACUUGUUGGGCAAAGUGGGUCAGGCAAGUCAACCAUCAUUGGGUUUAUAGAGAGGUUCUAUGACCCAAUCACCGGGGUAGUAGAGAUCGAUGGCAAAAAUAUUAAAACAUACAAUCUUCGAGCCCUACGACAGCAUAUUGGGCUGGUGAGCCAAGAGCCAACACUAUUUGCAGGUACCAUUAGGGAGAACAUUAUGUAUGGCAGAGAAACAGCAAGUGAGGAAGAAAUUGAGAAUGCAGCAAGGUCUGCAAAUGCACAUGACUUCAUUAGCAACCUGAAAGACGGAUAUAACACAAAGUGCGGUGAUCAAGGUGUUCUAUUAUCAGGAGGGCAGAAACAGCGCAUCGCUAUAGCCCGUGCAAUUCUGAAGAAUCCUGCCAUAUUGCUUCUAGAUGAAGCUACAAGUGCAUUAGACAGCCAGUCUGAGAAGGUGGUGCAAGAGGCAUUGGGGCGAAUGUUGGUCGGCACGACAAGUGUUGUGGUGGCGCAUAGGUUGAGCACUAUUCAGAAUUGUAACAUGAUCGUUGUGCUUGAGAAAGGAAUUGUUGUGGAGACAGGAUCACAUGCAUCGCUCAUUGCGAAGGGUCCUGCUGGAACAUACUUUGGAUUGGUCAAUAUGCAGCAAGGAAGCAACCACACCAGCAGCUCUGUGAUUGUGAAUGAAAACCCAUAGUUCCAUACUAGCAGCCUAGUUAAAAUAAGUCACCAGUUUGGAUUAAUCAGAAACCAAGACUGCUAUUCAAACGGCUAAAAUUCCCUUCAGCAAUGGGCUAUCUCCUUUUGCUCUAUCAGUACGUGGUAGUAUGUCAAUUGUCAAGCUUGUGGUUUGUUGAUACUAGUUCAUAAACCCUUGUUCAAUUUUAAGAGAAAUAAUAAGUAUUAUGAAAGAUAAAUUGAUAUUAGAAGUUCAUGGAUAAAUUUGAUGACCAGAGCCAAUCAAAAUGUAUUUACAGUUUAUGGAGAAUUUUCUUCCGUUCAUGCAGAAUUCGACGGCCGGCGUGGCUUCUUGGGCGGCAAAGGCAAAGGGCUCUGCACCUCAUCGUCCUCGCCACGCCGCCUCACGCCGGCCGAUCCUAUCUCCGGCACCAGGGGCACCAGGUUCAGGUCAAACCCACCGACCGCGCCCGACCCUGCAGCGGUGGGCAGCGACGCCGACACCGACGGCCCGUGCAGGUAGUGGAACCUCUUGUGCCCGCCGAGCGCCUGCCCGGUCUCGAAGCCCCUGCGGCACACCGUGCAGACGUGCCGCCCGACGCCGCCGCUCCCGGACGCUGAUGAUGCCUCCGCAGUUGCUUCCUUCUGAUGGAACAAUGGCGCCGCGGCACCGUACGACGCGCCACCACCUGCUGCCGCUGGCGUCUUGCGGUGGCUCGCCUUGUGGCCGCCGAGCGCCUGGUACGACGCGAACGCCUUGCCGCAGAGGGGGCACCGGAAGUGGAGCGGGAGCUCGGCCGGCGGUGUCGCCGCCGCGGACGAUGAUGGCGCUGCCACGCCGUGUGGCCGGCGCGUCGCCGUCGCGCCGGCUUGCUGGCACGCGGCGGCGAGCGCCAUGAGGCACAGGGACAGGUACUCGUCUUGGUCCAUUUUCACGCUAGCGAUGGAUCGGAGCUCCUGCUGUGACGAUCUGCGACGACGGCGAUUGCUUGCGCUGCAUCUGCACCCGCGGUUACUUGUAGACCGACAUGGCGGCGCGCCAUGCGUGCGCGGUCGCGUCAAAGGAGCACGAGGGCGCGCGGAGCCGACGCGGAAGGCGAGCACGAAGCGGCAGGCUUGGAAGGUGGAACCGAUCUCUGUUGGGGCGGCACACUUGCGCGCGUGCAUUUGGACUCGUGGGGGCCGGGUCUUCCCGUCGGUCCGAAUUCGGCAUCAACUUGCAAUUUUCAAAGCAAAUUUGAGCAACUUUUGUGCACAGAAGCUCGCGAAUUCUGUGUCUUUUAGGGGUAAACAAAAUCGACUACGUUCUGCUAA